AUGGAUGGUUUGCAAGGAUCCAGUACGAACGUUAACCGGAAACGGAGGAGCAACUUCCUGACGCUGGUGGAGAAGCGGCAGUCCAACAUUUUGUUGACAGUGGAUAUUCUUAAAGCAAAGGCGGAGCUGCUGUUUAAGAUGUUCCAGGACCGGGGGCUCUAUGCGGUGCACGGUUUUUCUGCUUCGGAUGGCUGGAUGCAUCGUUUUAAGCAGCGGUUUGGAUUGCGCGUGAAAGCCGUAACAGGAGAAAAGGCAUCGGUAAACGUUGAAGCGUACCUAAAUUUCAAGAAGGUUCUACAGAAGAAGAUUCAGGAAAUGCAGCUAACACUAUCCCAAGUCUUUAAUGCAGAUGAAUCUGCCUUGUUCAUCAAGCUCCUAGCCACACGCUCUGUCGUUACUUGUGAUGAGACCGUGGCAAGCGGACGGAAGCAAAACAAGACAUGGUAUACAUUUAUGCCUUGCUCCAACAUAGAUGGUUCCCUAAAGCUUCCGUUGUAUUACAUUUGCACUGCUGCAAAACCACGAGGAAUCAACAUCGAAGAACUUCCCGUUUCAUAUAAUCAUUCCAAAAAGGCUUGGAUGGCCAGACUGUUGUUCCGUCAAUGGUUCCACGAAGAGUUUGUCCCCGCUGUUCGAAAAUUUUCGGCCGAGAGAGGAUUGGAGCCAAAGGCAUUGCUGGUUCUUGAUAAUUGCACCAGUCAUUAUGACGUUGACGAAUCUCUACAGAGUGACGAUGGACUGAUUCAAGUGAUCUACUUCCCACCAAAUGUAACUGCUGAAUGCCAGCCGAUGGACCAAGCGGUCAUCAAUGCAAUCAAGCGAAAGUAUAAAAGAAAACUGAUGCUCGCAUUAAUUCUGGAAAACGAACACGUAAGUUUCGAAGAACGAUUGAAGAAGAUUAAUCUUCAACAGUGUAUUUCGUGGUUGGCAACCUCUUGGGAGGAGAUAUCUGACAAAACUAUACGUAAUUCGUGGAAGAAAUUGAUCGAUGGUUUGCCGGAGGAUGCUGUUAAUGUAGACUCGAAAGCGGCCGAUGAUGACUUCAAAGCGCUUGUGUCCAGGAUUGACAGUUUGGCAGGAACAAAAACAUCUGAGCAAGAUAUUGAUCUGUGGAUCAAAGAUCAGGUGUAUGAUGCUGAUCAUAAUCCAGAUUGGGUAACCAGUGAAGUGUUCUCUGAUGACGAGAUUUUGUCAUCAGUUCUCAAGAAAGAUCAACCUGAAAUGCAAGAAGAAUGGUUGGUAGACACAGAAGAUGGAAGUAAUUCGUUUGAUACUUCCAUUACUAGUACCGGAGAUCCUGAUUUUGGCGAUGAUUGA